CGCCGCAGCCGAGCGUCCCGGGUUCCAGAAGCACGUCCACACGUACCGCAUCCUGCCCGACGAGGAGGACUUCCUGGCCGUGCAGACGUCGCAGGGCGUGCAGGUGAGGCGCUUCAAGACGCUGAGCGAGCUGAUCGCCCUGUACCUGCAGCCCAACCAGGGGCUGGUCUGCACCCUGCUCUUCCCCGUCGAGAGGGAGAAGGAGAAGGAGAGCGCGGAGGACAGGGACUACUCGGAUGGCGAGGACGAGAAGCCCCCACUGCCCCCGCGCUCCGGCUCCAGCAGCUUCUCGAGUUCCUCCGUGGUGCUCAGCCCUGGCAGCCCGGGGCCGGCGGUGCCCGAGGCGGCGGCGGAGAGCACCAACGGCCUCACCAGCAUCUCCCACGAGUACCUGAAGGGCAGCUACACGCUGGACCUGGAGGCCGUCAAGGCGGGGGCCAGCAGCCUGCCCCACCUCAACAAGACCCUCGUCACCUCCUGCAAGCGGCUGCACAGCGAGGUGGACAAGGUGCUGGCGGGGCUGGAGAUCCUCUCCAAGGUGUUUGACCAGCAGAGCUCCCCCAUGGUCUCCAAAAUCCUCCAGCAGACGGCGACGCAGAGCGGGGAGCAGGAGCUGGAGAGCCUGGUGCUGAAGCUGUCCGUGCUGAAGGAUUUCCUCUCCAGCAUCGAGAAGAAGGCGCUCAAAGCCCUGCAGGAGAUGAGCUCGGCCACCCCGGCUCCCCCGGCGCAGCCCCUGUCCCGCAAAGCCAAGAGCAUCCCUGUGCAGACCUUCGAGGUGAAGCUGGACGUCACCCUGGGGGACCUGACCAAGAUCGGCAAGUCGCAGAAGUACACGCUGAGCGUGGACGUGGAGGGCGGCAAGCUGGUGGUGCUGAAGAAGCAGAAGGACUCGCAGGAGGACUGGAACACCUUCACCCACGACAAGAUCCGGCAGCUGAUCAAGUCGCAGCGGGUGCAGAACAAGCUGGGCAUCGUCUUCGAGAAGGAGAAGGACAAGACGCAGCGCAAGGACUUCGUCUUCGUCAGCGCCCGGAAGCGGGAGGCUUUCUGCCAGCUGCUGCAGCUGAUGAAGAACAAGCACUCGCACCAGGACGAGCCCGACAUGAUCUCCAUCUUCAUCGGCACCUGGAACAUGGGCAGCGUUCCCCCGCCCAAGAGCAUCACCUCCUGGUUCACCUCCAAGGGGCUGGGCAAGACGCUGGACGAGGUGACGGUCAGCAUCCCCCACGACAUCUACGUCUUCGGCACGCAGGAGAACUCCAUGGGGGACAAGGAGUGGGUGGAUUUCCUCCGCGCCGUGCUCAAGGACUUCACGGAGAUCGAGUACCGCCCGGUGGCCAUGCAGUCCCUGUGGAACAUCAAGGUGGUGGUGCUGGUGAAGCCGGAGCACGAGAACCGCAUCAGCCACGUCAGCACCUCCAGCGUCAAGACGGGGAUCGCCAACACGCUGGGCAACAAGGGCGCCGUGGGCGUCUCCUUCAUGUUCAACGGCACCUCCUUCGGCUUCGUCAACUGCCACCUCACCUCGGGCAACGAGAAGACGGCGAGGAGGAACCAGAACUACCUGGACAUCCUGCGGCUGCUGUCGCUGGGGGACAAGCAGCUGAGCUCCUUCGACAUCUCGCUGCGCUUCACCCACCUCUUCUGGUUCGGGGACCUCAACUACCGCCUGGACAUGGACAUCCAGGAGAUCCUCAACUACAUCAGCCGCAAGGAGUUCGAGCCGCUGCUCAAGGUGGAUCAGCUCAACCUGGAGAAGGAGAAGCACAAGGUCUUCCUGCGAUUCGGCGAGGAGGAGAUCACCUUCCCCCCCACGUACCGCUACGAGCGCGGCUCGCGGGACACCUACGUGUGGCACAAGCAGAAGCCCACGGGGGUCCGCACCAACGUCCCGUCCUGGUGUGACCGCAUCCUCUGGAAGUCCUACCCCGAGACCCACGUCAACUGCAACGCCUACGGGUGCACAGAUGACAUCAUGACCAGUGACCACUCGCCCGUUUUCGGCUCCUUCGAGGUGGGGGUGACGUCCCAGUUCGUCUCCAAGAAAGGGCUCUCCAAGUCCUCGGACCAGGCGUACAUCGAGUUCGAGAGCAUCGAGGCCAUCGUGAAGACGGCCAGCCGCACCAAGUUCUUCAUCGAGUUCUACUCCACCUGCCUGGAAGAGUUCAAGAAGAGCUUCGAGAACGACAGCCAGAGCAGCGACAACAUCAACUUCCUCAAGGUGCAGUGGUCGUCGCGGCAGCUGCCCACGCUGAAGCCCAUCCUCUCCGAGAUCGAGUACCUGCAGGACCAGCACCUGCUGCUCACCGUCAAGUCCCUCGAUGGCUACGAGUCCUACGGCGAGUGCGUGAUCGCGCUCAAGUCCAUGAUCGGCAGCACGGCGCAGCAGUUCCUCACCUACCUGGCGCACCGCGGCGAGGAGACGGGCAACAUCCGCGGCUCCAUGAAGGUGCGCGUGCCCGCCGAGCGCAUGGGCACCCGCGAGCGGCUCUACGAGUGGAUCAGCAUUGAUAAGGACGAGACGGCUGCGGGGAAGGGGAAGGCACCGCUGGGCGCCAGAGGCACCCAGGACUACGCCAAGUCUGCGGGGAGGAAACCUGGGGGGGCAGAGCCGCCCGCAGGCCCCCCGGCAAAGCCCCCCGAGGAGCCCGAGAAGGGCAGCGCCCCGCUGGCCGCCCGCCCCCCCGCCCCGCACCGCGGCACCUCCCGGGACGAGGCCGCGCCGAGCCGGUCCAAGCCGGAGCCGGCAGCGGAGCCGUCGGGGGGGCCGCUGAAGAACAGCUUCAACAACCCCGCGUACUACGUGCUGGAGGGGGUCCCCCACCAGCUGCUGGCGCCCGAGACCCCCGGCAAGCCCCCCGUCCCCAAGGGCAAGGCGGCGGCCCCCGAGCGCCGCCGGCACCCCUCGGCCGGGCCCCCCCCGCCGUGCC